AUGUCGCUUCCAAAAAUCAGCGUCAACAUGACAAUUACGCCUGCGUCCGUCACACUUGGCGUGCCUUGCUCAAUCACUCUGGUCGCGACGCUCUCGCAUCCGACUCCAAUCACAAUCUACACACAGCGAUCAGUGUUGAAUCUUCCUCUGGCUCAAACAGUGAGAAACUUCUACUGCGUGGAUCUUUCCAACAACAACGAUCCCGUAUUCCUAGAGACAAGGAAGUGCACGAAGAGGGCGGGCGGUGUCCGUCGCGAGCUUGGUGGCAGGGACGACCAGUACUUCCACACUCUGGAACCCGAAAAGCCCUACGAGUUCAUUGAUCGCUUCAUCCUAUCAUAUGGCCUGAAUGAACCCUUGGUGGCAGGACAUCGCUACCGCUUUGGCUUCAGCGAGAAACAAACGUCACCAUGUUGGCUCGACGGCACACGCGAAGACGUCUUGCACCUGCCGGGAGAGCACGAGGGAAUCGACAAGGAAUGGGCAAAGGGACAGAUUAUACUCGAUCUGGGAUUGCCGUUCGGAUUCGACGUCUUGGAAGCCGAGGAUUCGGUAAGUCAAAGGGACUGUGUCCCGAAUGAGAAUGAGAAUUGGAAGGCGCACGGCGGGCUUGGCGCGAGUGGACGCGUGCUUUGA